CUUAUCUGCAGCAUCUGCUUACUGCAGGUUGUGUAAACAAGAGACUGUAAAGCAGAGACAGAGACUGCUGAGAGAAGCUAGAGACAGCUCAGGGAACUCAUGCAGGGAGGGGAGAGACAGCUCAGGGAAAUAACACAAUGAUAAAUAGUACAGAGGGAAAUAUGGUCUGGAAAGAUAGGGAUCAAUUAGAUAACAACAGAGAAUGAGCAGCACAAGAAGACAGUGAAAACAGACAAGGAGACAGCACAGAAGUGAGGAAAGAAACCAACAGAUUAACUAGAGAGGGGAAAAGGAUAGAAGAGACAGCACAAAACUAAUUGGAAACAACAGAAAGCACAAUAAUAUCUUAUUAUAAAAUGAAAAGAGACAGCCCAAAAGAUCAGUGACAAUAAAAAUAGAACUUCACAAAGUACAGAAAGGGAUAUAGAAAGUAAAAAAGAGAAGAGAGACUGCACAGUAAGGGGACUUCAGGGAUAAAAAAGCCUAAGGAACUACCAAACACAUCUGAGAGACUGCUCUAAAGACAGUUUAGAAAGAGAAGACCGAAAGGGAAUGUUUUCCUUUACAGAAAUAGCUUGAAUGAGUAAAUAAGAAGAGAAAAACAAGUGGGAGAGAACUGAUAAACCACAAUGAAGAUAUCAAUUAGACUGUUCUGGGAAUGAAGAGACACCAGAAAUAAUAAAGACUUCCAGGUCUCAUGAUAGGAAUAUGAUACAACCAGAAAGACGGGACUCUAUAUGAAGGAGAUCUGAGGAGGAAACAAAUUCAGAGACUGUGUUCCCGAGAGAAGAGACCGCAGAGUUGAAAUAAACAUGGCUACGUCCUGCUCCCUGACAAUGCCCACUCUCCUAAUUUCUGUGCCAUUGUUUGUGUGGCUGGUAAAUCCCACACUGGGCUACAAGCCCAUCAUUGUGGUGCACGGUCUGUUUGACAGCUCUGCCAACUUCAAGAACCUGCUGGGAUAUAUCAAUGAGUCUCACCCCGGUACCAAUGUCUCGAUUAUAGAUCUGUUUGACCACAGGGAGAGUUUGCAGCCGCUUUGGAAACAGGUGGAGGGUUUUAAAGAGGCAAUUUACCCAAUCAUGCAGAACGCAGGCAGGGAUGGGGUACACCUGCUGUGCUAUUCCCAGGGAGGAUUAAUUUGCCGUGGGCUUCUACAGACUAUGCCCGAUCAUAAUGUUGAUACCUUCAUAUCUCUCUCCUCCCCUCAGAUGGGACAGUAUGGAGACACGGAUUACCUGCAUUAUCUGUUUCCAACAUACUUGAAAUCCAACCUGUAUCGAUUAUGUUAUACGAAAAUGGGGCAAACAUUCUCCAUAUGCAAUUUCUGGAAUGAUCCUCAUCACCAUGACAUGUACGUGAAUACUAGCGAGUUUCUUGCGCCAUUAAACUCAGAACGACCAGGACCAAAUGGCACAGAGUGGAGAAAAAACUUCCUACGCCUCCGCAGAAUGGUCCUCAUAGGUGGUCCCGAUGAUGGAGUUAUCACUCCUUGGCAAUCCAGUCACUUUGGGUUUUAUGAUGCAAAUGAGACCGUCCAGGAGAUGAAAGAGCAAAUGGUAUACCAGCAGGACUCUUUUGGUCUUCAUACUCUGGAUAAACGAGGAGGAAUCUCUGUGUUCUCCGUUCCAGGCAUCGUUCAUACCAUGUGGCAUUCAAAUGAGACAUUUUACAAACAGUACAUUGACAAAUGGCUAACUUAAAGCCACAAACCAUCUCCCUCUCCCUACAUGUUCCAAAACAAAAAUUGCACCUUGGAAGAGAAAGUGGAGUAACAAUUUCCUUGCCCGAACAGCAACGUCUUUCGCUUCAUCCUGCUAGAGCUGAGUAGACCACCUUGUUAUUUGACAUGAUCCAUAUUACCUAAUAUCUUACAUUUUAUUCCACUUCCUUUCUCGUUUUAUUCUUCUGCACCCAUUUUAUUUUGGUCUUCUUUUCCACUACCAGACAACGGCCCAUUUUACUUAGAUUACAUUAGGGUGCAUUACAUCCCAUAAAGCAGAUAUUUUAUUGAGGAUACAAAGCAGGAUAUUGACCUUGCAACUUUCUAACUUUUUCACAAUGGAAAAGGAAAUGGAUCGUCUAAUGUCCAACCCCCCUUUUUUUUUUUUUGCACAAGCAGGAGUUGGGCUUCCAAAAAAAGACUAAUUUGGAAAGGGAAUGCUUUACCAUUUUGCCUAAAAUUCCUUAACAGAGUUACAUAAACAUUGGUUGAAGGGAAAACAUUUUGGGAUGCUUUUCGGAUUCUUUUUGAAGAGUGGACUCCAUAUGGGAAGCAGCUUUAUAUUGUGCCAGACCCACAUUUAAUUAUGGAAGCCCUGUUGGUUUGGAUGGUACCCAGUUGUACAGAUUUAGCUGUUCCCUUCAUUGCUGCAAUAUGGGAAAUCAUUUACAAUGCAACACACCCAUCUUCCUUUAGCACAGACACACAACGGUCUACCUGGGCAGGUGGCUGGUAAUAUUUGUAUAAAAUAUUUUUAAAUUGUAGAUAGGGCCGGCCAGUAAAGCUCAGGGGGGAAUAUGUUAGUAUUUAUAAUUAUGGAACCACGUUGGCAGUGUUGCGGUACAUAGGCACAAGAGCUAACACUCCAUUGGAAGGAAAGGACUGUGUUAGCUGUGAAAUGUCAGGGAAAAAAAUGAACACUGCCCAAUAUAAACUUGUAAUGAUCAUAUGUUUCAGCUUUUUUUUAUUGUUAUUGUGUUGAAUAAACUAUAUGUGUGAAUUGAUUGA